AUGCGCAACAGACCAAAGUCGUCCGCACAGCAGCGGGGAGCGGCUCACAGUACCUCCAACUUUGAUCCCACGACGACGGCCGACCGACCCAAGAGCAGAAGCAACGACAGCGCCAACACACACAUACACGCGGCCGCCACGGCGCCAGCGACAACGAACGGCAACGGGCUCGUCCGCCGUCUGCCCUCCCAGCUCCAACAACAACAUCAACAAAUACCAGGCGCGCCAACGCCUCCUGCUGCUCCUCCUCCUCCUCCUCCGCCACCCCCGCCCUACCAUCUCCUCGACCAUAGUCACCACCCCAACACCAUCGAAGCCAACAGCGCCAAUGUCCAUGCCAGCACCAACAAUGUCUCUCACACAUCAACACCCAAACCAACAGCAGCGACUCCCACAACGGCGACCGUGGGAGCAGCGACACCGAUCACGACGAUCGAUAUGAACCACGACAGUACCAACCACAACAACAACAACAACAAGAACGCCGAUAAAUCUCCUAUUCCGAAUAUGACAGCGACAGCCCACUCGUCCCUCCUCCAACCCCGCGUCGCCGUCGCCCUAGGCGUGCCCAAGAAGUGGCACUUCCUCCUCUGGCUCUGUCGCCAGUCUUCCACCUUCCCAGCCAUCUGGUGGGGUCUUCCGAGUGCGCUCCGGCUGCUGGCCAUGCUUCACCUGAUCGUUUUCGGCGGCAGUCCAACGACUUGGCAGCACAUUUUUGCGAGGGUGGUGGCAGCUGGUGUAGGCAGGAGUGGUGGUGGUGGUGGGACAUCAUCAACAGGAACGGCUGGGGGUGGAGGAGAUAUGGGGUGCGGUAUCGGUAGUGAUGGUGGUGCCAUGAUGAUGGGAAGCCCGCAUUUCUUGGCGUCUGGCGCUGGCGCUGGUGCUACCGGUGGUGGUGGUAGUAGUAGUACGUCUGGAGGGAACGCCAACGGGAACUAUAACUCCUACAACCCAGGGGCUUCUGCGACAGGCUUCUCUGAUCUGUCGUUUGAGGCGAGGCUGCGGUUGACGGAGACGUUGUUGGCUAUCGUAUGGUGCGGCGCAUCAGCAUACCUCUCCUUCUUCUUCACAGAUAGUCUCAUGUCGCGAUGGCUCGUAAACUACACCCCGCAAGCGACCAUCGUCCGGCUCCUGACCAUAACGACGCUAAACGCCUACCUGACGUCCCAAAUUCUGUAUUUGACGGCCGGCUCGCAAGACCCGCGGCUGCUCCUGCCGGCAUGGGUAGGCAUCUCGGCAAUGCUGACUCUGUUAUAUCAUAUCACGCAGCGCAAGAUCAACAUCCGCAAGGAGACGAGCAUGUCGAUCCGGGCGUUUUCCGUGGCCAGCUUCAUCAGUAUGGUGGCGUUGCUGGCCCAGGUACACUCGAACCGGACCGACUACCCACAGAUUCCCCUGUGGACCUUUGUUACCAAGGUUUGGCAAGAGUUGGUAAAAGUUGCUUUGAAGAUUAUGGACUACGGGACUGUUGCUAGGGACUACUAG